GAGUGUGUGUGUGUGUGUCAGAGCGAGAGAGCGCGCGCGAGAGAGAGAGAGAGCGAGAGCGCGCGCGAGAGAGACUCCCAUCUCCCUCCACACUCGGUCGGCGCUCCAGCUCUACCAUUACUGCUGUUGCUGCUGCCCUGCUUCAGCACGACCACCCGUACCACCAGAACCAGCGGUACCACCACAACCACCACCAGAACCAUCAGAGCCACCAUCUACCCGUCUCUACAGCGGAGGGAGGGAACAGCGGAGGGAGGGAAAAGAGCGCGCACCGCCGCCACCGGACCCCCGGACGCCUGGACGCUCCAGUGACGCAUACCUCCACAUUUCCUCCAGCUUCCUCCCGACGUUUCUGGCUUCUAUUCCUUCCUUCUUUACCGUGGGGCUGUUGUGCGUUGAGUGUGUUGUUGCGUUGCGUGUGUUUUUUCCUUUUAUAUCCGGUGCGUUUUCCUCUCGCGCUCCAAAGGAAAAAAAAGGGAGAUGAGCCACAUCAAAGCGCAGCGCCUUUUUUUGCCCGCUGACUGAUCAUCAUCAUCUUGUUGCACGCGCAUCUCGCCGCAUCUCUCUGGGUCUAUCUCUUCUUUUUUUUUUUCCUCUCCAGCGCGCAUCGUGUCUCUGCGAUGGGAAUUAAUACUGGUGCUUUGCGAGGCUGCUUGGCAUUUGGGCUUUUCUAAAGGGAGGAUGUGCUCAAGCAUGUGGGAAAAAUAGCCAUAGCGUCCGGAGUGUAAGGCCAAAUGACAUAGGAUGAAGGCUAUUCGUAACCUGUUGAUUUAUAUAUUUUCCACCUAUCUGCUGGUUAUGUUUGGAUAUACCGGUGCCCAAGAUUUCUGGUGUUCCACACUGGUGAAGGGAGUUAUCUACGGAUCGUACUCGGUGAGCGAGAUGUUCCCCAAGAACUUCACGAACUGCACGUGGACGCUGGAGAACCCAGACCCAACCAAAUACAGCAUCUACCUGAAACUCUACAAGCGCGACCUGAGCUGCUCGCAGUUCUCGCUGCUGGUCUACCAGUUCGACCACUUCUCGCACGAGAAGAUCAACGAGCUGCUGAAGAACAACGAGUCCAUCGUCUACCUGUGCGAGGAGACCAACGUCUACGUGUUCCUGCACUACGACAAGAACUUCGUCCAGCUGCGGAGGGUCUUCCCGUACGACGACAGCGGCUCGGUGCUGAGGAAACCCGAGGAGGAGGAGGAGCGCUCCGUGGUGGAGUUCGUGGUGUUGAACAAGGCCAGCCCCAGUCAGUUCGGUUGCCAGGUCUUGUGCACGUGGCUGGAGAACUGCCUGAAGGGCGAGAAGGGGACGGUGGAGUCGUGUGGAGUAGUCUACUCGAAAUGCACUUGCCCGCAGCAUUUGGGCGACGGGGAAUCGGAGAGCGUGCUGAUGCUCAACAACGUGGUUUUGCCUUUAAACCCCCAAACGGAAGGGUGCCUGACGCCGCAGCUGCGCGCCGCCAACGCCUGCAACCUGAGCGCUGAAGUCAAGCGGCCGUCCAAGGAGGAAUUUGGAAUGAUCGGAGAGCAUACUGUAAAAAGCCAACGGCCAAGAUCAGUUCAUGACACAAAGGGCCAACAGGAGCGAGAUGAGUCUGCUAAAUUUAUGGCACAAACUGGUGACCCAGGUGCUGAGGAGUGGUCCCAGUGGAGCUCUUGCUCAGUUACAUGCGGUCAAGGGUCGCAGGUGCGAACAAGAACAUGUGUCUCGCCUUACGGAACGCACUGCAGCGGCCCUUUAAGAGAAUCAAGGGUUUGCAAUAACACUGCCCCCUGUCCAGUGCACGGUGUGUGGGAGGAGUGGUCUCCAUGGAGUUUGUGCUCCUUCACCUGUGGGCGGGGUCACCGCACUCGUACCCGGCUCUGUACCCCACCCCAACACGGCGGCAGAGCCUGCGACGGCCCGGAGACGCAGAGCAAACUGUGCAACAUCGCCCUCUGUCCAGUGGACGGUCAGUGGCAGGAGUGGAGUGCGUGGAGUGACUGCUCGGUGACGUGUGCUAACGGGACGCAGCAGAGGAAGCGGCAGUGCUCGGCCGCGGCUCACGGAGGUUCGGAGUGCCGCGGUCAUUGGGCCGAGAGCCGAGAGUGCCAUAACCCAGAGUGUACAGCUAACGGUCAGUGGAACCCGUGGGGGCCGUGGAGCGGCUGUUCGAAGUCGUGCGACGGCGGCUGGCAGCGGCGGGUGCGGGUGUGCCAGGGGCUGGCUGUCACCGGGCAGCAGUGCGAGGGCAACGGCGAGGAAGUCCGCAAAUGCAGCGAGCAGCGUUGCCCAGCUCCGUACGAGAUUUGUCCCGAGGACUACGCCGUUUCCAUGCUGUGGAGGAGAACGCCAUCUGGAGAACUGGCCUUUAACAGGUGCCCACCCAAUGCCACAGGCACCACUAGUCGACGCUGCUCGCUGGAUCACCGCGGGGUAGCCUACUGGGAGCAGCCCAGCUAUGCCCGAUGCAUCGCAAAUGAAUACAGAUACUUACAGCAAUCAGUCCAGGGUCACCUCGCUAAGGGUCAGAGGAAUCUGGCAGGUGAUGGGAUGUCCCAGGUAACCAAAGUCCUGCUGGACCUCACCCAGAGACGCAACUUCUACGCCGGCGACCUGCUGUCCUCCGUGGAGAUCUUACGAAACGUCACCGACACUUUUAAAAGAGCCAGCUACGAACCGUCCUCUGAUGAUGUGCAGAACUUCUUCCAGAUCAUCAGUAAUCUGCUGGAGGAGGAGAACCGAGAGAAAUGGGAAGAUGCCCAGCAGAUCUACCCGGGUUCGGUGGAGCUGAUGCAGGUUAUUGAGGAGUUUAUUCACAUUGUUGGUCUGGGGAUGAAGGAUUUUCACAACGCCUACCUGAUGACUGGCAACCUGGUGGCCAGCAUCCAGAGGCUGCCCGCCGUGUCGGUGAUGACCGACAUUAACUUCCCCAUGAAGGGACGGAAGGGCAUGGUGGACUGGGCCAGAAACUCAGAGGACAAAGUGGUCGUUCCUAAAGGCAUUUUCCUCCCGCAGACGGCAGAUAUGGAUGGCUCUCCAGUAUUCAUUCUUGGGACAGUCCUCUACAAGACCCUGGGACUAAUGCUGCCGGCCCCAAAGAAUAACACAGCGGUGAACUCUAAAGUGAUCGCAGUGACGGUGCGUCCAGAACCCCGAGUAACUGAAGCCCAGCUGGAGAUAGAACUAGCUCACCUCGCUAACGGAACUAUGAACCCGUUCUGUGUGCUGUGGGACAGCUCCAUCAUGAACGAUUCCUGGGGAACCUGGUCGUCCAAAGGAUGCAAAACCGUGCUCACCGAUGCAUCCCACACAAAAUGCUUAUGUGAUCGCGUGUCUACCUUCGCCAUUUUGGCUCAACAGCCCAGAGAAAUAACCAUGGAGUACUCAGGGGUUCCAUCUGUGACGCUGAUCGUGGGCUGCGGCCUGUCCUGCCUGGCCUUGAUCACCCUGGCUGUGGUGUACGCUAUACUGUGGAGGUACAUACGGUCUGAGAGAUCAAUCAUUCUGAUCAACUUCUGCCUCUCCAUCAUCUGCUCCAACAUCCUGAUCCUGGUGGGACAGACUCAGACCCACAAUGCAGGCGUCUGCACGAUGACGACGGCGUUCCUGCACUUCUUCUUCUUGGCGUCGUUCUGUUGGGUUCUGACGGAAGCCUGGCAGUCCUACAUGGCCGUGACGGGGAAGGUGCGGACCCGGCUCAUCCGCAAGCGCUUCCUCUGUCUGGGCUGGGGGUUGCCUGCUUUGGUGGUUGCCAUCUCCAUGGGCUUUACGAAGGCGAAAGGAUACGGAACACCACAAUACUGCUGGCUGUCUCUGGAGGGAGGACUGCUGUAUGCCUUUGUUGGACCUGCUGCUGCCGUCGUCCUCGUGAACAUGGUGAUCGGCAUUCUGGUGUUUAAUAAACUGGUUUCCAGAGACGGUAUACUGGACAAGAAGCUGAAGCACAGAGCAGGGCAGAUGAGUGAGCCGCACACAGGAUUAACUCUGAAAUGUGCCAAGUGUGGCGUCGUCUCAACAACUGCUUUAUCAGCAACCACAGCCAGCAACGCCAUGGCCUCUCUGUGGAGCUCCUGCGUAGUUCUGCCGCUCCUGGCCCUCACCUGGAUGUCGGCAGUCCUGGCCAUGACGGAUAAGCGAUCCAUCCUGUUCCAGAUCCUGUUCGCCGUCUUCGAUUCGCUCCAGGGCUUCGUCAUAGUCAUGGUGCACUGCGUCCUCCGCAGAGAGGUUCAAGAUGCCUUCAGAUGUCGACUGAGAAACUGUCAAGACCCCAUCAGCGCCGAUGCCACUGGCACCUUUCCCAACGGGCAUGCCCAGAUUAUGACGGACUUUGAAAAAGAUGUGGACAUCGCGUGUCGAUCAGCUCUCCACAAAGACAUGGGCUCGUGCCGCGCCGCCACCAUCACCGGCACGCUCUCCCGCAUCUCCCUGAACGACGAGGAGGAGGAGAAGGGUCCGGAAGGCCUCAACUACUCCACCCUGCCCGGCAACAUCAUCUCCAAAGUGAUCAUCCAGCAGCCCUCGGGUCUUCACAUGCCCAUGGAGCUGGGCGAGCAGUGCCUGGCCGACCCCAACAGCGACAUGCGCCGCACCGUCUACCUGUGCACCGAGGACACCAUGCGGCAGAGCGAGCAGGAGCUCAGCGGCCACUCUCAGCAGGGCCCCAUGGAGACGGACUACAUCGUCAUGCCUCGCGCCUCGGCUGCCGCCGCCGUGGGGCAGGGGCCCGGCGGGUCCAGCAGCGUGCCGACUCUGCUGAAGGAGGACAGCAAGAUGAACAUCGGCAUGGACACCCUGUCUCACGACAGGCUGAUGCACUACAAGGUCAGUCCAGAGUUCAACAUCAGCCCGUCGGGGAUGGAGCACAUGGGCAUGGGUAUGGGCAUGGGCAUGGGCAUGGAGCAGCAGUACCCGGGCGCCGCUCCGGAGCACAUGCAGAACCUGCCGUUCGAGCCCCGUACGGCCGUCAAGAACUUCCUGGCCGAGAUGGAGGAGAGCGGGGGGCUCUCCCGCAGCGAGACCGGCUCGACCACCUCCAUGAGCUCUUUAGAGAGGAGAAAGUCGCGGUAUCAGGACCUGGACUUUGAGAAAGUCAUGCACACCAGGAAAAGACACAUGGAGCUGUUCCAGGAACUGAAUCAGAAAUUUCAAACCCUGGACCGAUUUCGAGACAUACCAAAUAUGGGCAGCAUGGACAAGGCCAUGCCCAACAAAAACCCGUGGGAAAGCUACAACCCGGCCUGCGAGUACCAGAACUACGCCACUAUGAAUGUACUGGAGUCGGACACUAAGGACUCUCUGGAGAUGACUCCGGCCGAGUGGGAAAAGUGCGUUAAUCUCCCGCUGGACGUCCAGGAGGGCGACUUCCAGACGGAGGUCUGAAUCAGCAGCGAGCGAGGGAGCGCUGACCGUGAUGCAAACGGAGGAGGACGAUGUAUUUUUGCACUGAACAAAAAAAAAAGACAAAAAAAAAAACAAAAAGUGGAAAACUUUUUCAUGCAGCCUUGGCGAGACAUAUCCGGAUCCUAGGAGUAUGGCAGGGACGUUAUGUGCCAAUAAGAUUAAGAAAAAUAAAACUGGAAAAAAUGAAACAAAAACGAAACAAACUCAAAAAUAAAAAACAAAAAAACUCAAAACCAGGACUGACGGAGGGAAAAACGACUUAAAAAAGACAAAAAACAUCAGUGUUUUCUUUUCUUUUUGUAUCUUUUCUCACUAGUGUACUUAGUGGGGGCCGGCCAGGUGUACAAUAUAACCAUCCUGUGUUUCAAACCGUUCAAUCCGCUGGAGAGUUCUUCAAAUUGGGUCUGCUUCAAAGGUACAGUAAUUAGAUAUAUCUCUCAAGAUGACACCUCAAAAGUAGAAAAACUAAAAAAAAACAAGACGUGACGCUACAGGACGCAACGCAAUGCGACACCACAUGAUGCGCCGCUACGUAAUGCGAUGCGAUGUGGCGCUACAUGGUGUGACGCUACGCAAUGCGAUGCGGCACUAUGUGACGCAACGCAAUGCGACACCACAUGACGCGCCGUUACGUAAUGCGAUGCGAUGUGGCGCUACAUGGCGUGACGCUAUGCAAUGCGAUGCGGCACUAUGUGACGCAAAGAAAUGCGACACCACAUGACGUGUUGCUACGCGAUGCCAUGCGUCACUACAUGACGCGGCGCUACAUGGUGUGACGCUACGUAAUGUGAUGCGGCGCUACAUGGCGUGGCGAUACAUAAUGCGACACUACAUGACACGCUGCGAUGCUACACGAGGAGACGCAACGCAACCCACCGUUAAACGAUGACAGCAACGAUGCGACGCGACGCUACACUACGUCGCCCCACAAGCUUCGACGGGCUCAGUUUUUUUAGUUGAGUGGUGACUGAGUCCGGGAGCACAAUGUACAUACUUAUGCAGGUUUUUAAAAAGUUUAUAACAAAGUCAGUUUGGCCAUUACUACACUUUUUACUUUAUAAUACGAUACGAUAAAAAAAAGAGAAAAAUAUAUUGAGAGAGAGAGAGAGAGAGGCAAAGAGGAUUUUUUCUGUCAUUUAAAAAAUCGAAUGUUUGUCAAAGCUACAUUCUUCAUUGCUUUAAAUGCAAUAAAGGUAAUACUCACUUUUAUAUGAAUAAUAUAUUUCACAACUUUAAUACUGCAGAAUUCUGCUUGAAGGCACUCGGCAAGCUCUCUCAUCUGCAGCCCUGUAUAAAAUAUUUAAAAAUCAACAAUGUUGUAUGGUGUAAAUAAAACUUUUGUCUACAUAUGUUUUACUUGUGCCAAGUUUAUUUUACUGAGGAAAAAAAAAAAAAAAAGACUCAAAAAUGCCAACCCUGAUGAAAGAGUUCUAGCCGGAAAUGUUAACAUUUGAAAAAGGAAUGUAAAUAAAAGAGGAAAUAUGUUCGUACUG